AUGCCACUCUAUGCCAAAUUUUUAAAAGACAUUCUGACAAAAAAGAACCAGUAUAUCCACAGUGACACAAUAGUUGUGGAAGGAAAAUGUAGUGUUGUCAUUCAACGCAUCCUUCCCCCGAAGCACAAAGAUCCUAGAAGUGUCACUAUACCGUGUUCUAUUGGUGAGAUUGAUGUGGGUAAAGCUCUCAUAGACUUCGGAGCUAGUAUCAAUCUAAUGCCUCUCUCCAUGUGCCGGCGACUUGGAGAGCUAGAGAUAAUGCCCACAUGCAUGACCUUACAGUUGGUUGAUCACUCCAUCAACAAGACCCUAUGGAGUGAUUGA